AUGCCACCAGGAUACACAUGCCAGCUGAACAAGUUCCCUGUCCCGCCGUGGCGCAAUUGGUUGCUGGGACACACCGGCAUGGGCCAGAGCACGGUGGAAGCCCUACAGCAAGUGGACACCUUGGUGGCCCAGUACCGUCAUGGCUGCCUCUGGUGGGGACUUCCCUGGCUGCCUGUCCUGCGCCUCUUCCACCCCAGCACCCUCCGGCCACUCCUCAGUGCCUCAGCUUUCGUGGCCCCCAAGGACAAAAUUUCCUACGGCUUCCUCAAGCCCUGGCUGGGAGAGGGGCUGCUGCUGAGCAACGGGCAACGCUGGGUGCAGCACCGGCGACUCCUGACACCCGCCUUCCACGGGGAUGUGCUCCGGAAUUACCUGGGAAUCUUCAACCAGAGCACCCGCGUGCUGCUCGCCAAGUGGAGGGCAGCAGCAGCGGUAGCUGGUGGGGGGCCGGUGGAGUUGGAAGUGCUGCAGCCCCUGAGCCUCCUCACCCUGGACACUCUCCAGAAGUGCAUCUUCAGCCACGAGAGCCACUGCCAGGAGCGGCCCAGCGAGUAUAUCCAGGCCAUCCUGGAGCUGAGCUCAUUGGUGGUCCGGCGCCAGCUCCGGCCACUUCUCCACCCGUGGUGGCUCUACAGCCUCUCCUCUGAUGGCCGGCGCUUCGCCCGCGCCUGUGCCACUGUCCACGCCUUCACUGCUGAUGUGGUGCAGCGCCGGCGCCAGGCACUUGCCUGCCUGGGCCGCCAGGCCUGGCUGGACGGCCACCGGGGACGCAGCAUGGACUUCAUCGACCUCCUGCUGCUCACCAAGGUGGGGUUGUAGGGGUGGCCAUGGGAA